AUGGCAACAGCAAAUAAUGCCGGCUACUCGCCUCGGCGUAAUGUAGCCAAAGGUCCAAUUCUUCGAAGGGCCCCGGGGUCCCGCCCCUUUUCAAAUACGACAGAGAUUUUUGACACUGACUUCGAGUCCGAUGAGUCUGACUUUGAAGAAGGCUUCUAUGACUCUUCACGAUGGAGCGCCGCAUCGCUGGCAGAUAGUAUGACCACUGUCUCUACGUCGAGAGAUGUCCAAACUCCGGAUACCGGGGCAUUGUCGGGAUUCCACUUUCAUGUUGAUGAUCAACCAGUAUUAGGACCAAAAGGUCCUCAUCUUUUUCGGUCUUCCAUGAGCUCGGACAAGUUGACAUCUACUACCUACGAAGCCGACUUUAUCCUUGCAAAAACACCUACAACAUCUUCAUUUGACAAUGUACCAUGGAACCUUGAGAUAGAACACUCUCCUGUACCCAAUCAUCAGACCCUUGCAGACCCCCCACAGACACGUCUCAAGUCUAUCAAUGCUACCGUAUCCGCAAUGGAUGAGACCGAGGUAAGGUCUUGGUCCCCGUCAGAUGUGGUUCAGUGGAUGCGAGAAGCCGGGUUUGAUGACUCGGUUGUCGACAAAUUUCUCAUCAACGACAUCUCAGGGGCCAUUCUCCUGGAUCUCCAGCCGGAAGACUUGAAAGAGCUCGACAUUCGAUCUUUUGGAAAACGUCGUAAUCUCAUGAACUCCAUCCAGCACCUGCGAGACGGUUUCCUGGUUCCACAGACGCCUUUUACGAAUGCACCGUCAAGUCAGAACACGGCUCCCUUGGACUACCAUUCAUCGAGUGACUCGUCCUCUACAACUACCAAAGAAGAUGACAGUAGUGACCUCCCCCAAAGUGACCCCCAUUGUCCACCCCACAUGAAGCAAGUAGGCUCCACUCAAGAUUUUGUUCCCGAUAAUGUGGCAUCAAUAGUGGCUAUAGAGCAGGUUUUACCUAGGCCACACCAUUGCUCCAAAGGAAGAAACUGCCGUAAAUGGCAAAGACAACAGUCAAAGAUCGCACGACUCGCCAAGGACUUGCCAAUUGACAUGGCGGCUACUAAGCAUUUCUACGAUCCUCAGUCUGCUCAAUACCCCCAAACCGCUGAAUACCCUUCAACUGCUCAAUACCCUCAGUCUGCUCAAUACCCCCAAACUGCUCAAUACCCUCAAACUGCUCAAUACCCUCAAACUGCUCAAUACCCUCAAUAUCCGCUAUACGCUCAAUACGACCACCAACCUCCAUUAACAGCAAAGAGCCUACCUAAUAUGGAGCUAAUGGCGGUUCCCUCGAUCGCUGCAUCCUCAGAUGCGCUCGGACCGGAGCAAACGCCCAAUUUCUAUUUAUCGGAUCUAAAACUGAAUGAACUCAAUCUCCAUGACCCGCAAGAGAAUGUUCGUCAGUAUCUGUAUUCUGAGAUAGAGCCAUCCAAUGAUACUACUGAAUACCCACUGACCAUCAUACCGGAUUGCCCCAUUGAAAGAGAGGCUUCCCAAUCUGUUCCUCCAAACAUGAAUUUUGGGCACAAUCACCGUAUGAUGCCUGAUCCAAUUGCUCGUCCAGCAUCCACAACCAGCGGAAACAACCGCCAGAAGUAUUCUAGCAUCAGUUCCAGUAUUCAAACAUUGGAAACUGUCGAUGAGAUCGUGCAACCGAUUGAUACGCUAGAGGAUCUGAAUGCUAGCCAAAUUGGACCUUCGGGUGAUAUUACUCACAGCGGCUGGAUGAAAAAACGCAAGAGGACGCGGCUUCUGAAACAUGAGUGGGAACCUCAUCACUUCACACUCAAGGGCACGCGAUUAGCUAUGUUCGAAGAUGAAGAGGCUUCCCGCCGUGAAUCCAAAGCACUGGAGCACAUUGAUGUUGAUGACUACGCAGUUGCUUGUUCCUCACUUGCAUCUCGCUCAAAAUUGGCUUCUGCUUUUAAGGAGACAGUGUUCAAGCGGAAAAAUACCACUCAAGAUGAUACCGCCUUCGCCUUCUCCUUGCUACCAGCUUCAAAGGAUGGAAAUACUAGUGAGAAGAAAAAUUUCUUUGCUAACAAUGGCAAGUCCCAUCACUUUGCUGUCAAUACCUGUGACGAGCGUAUCGAUUGGAUGCGCGAGUUGAUGUUGGCCAAAGCUUUGAAAAGAGAAAAAGAAAAUGGCAAUUCAAUCCAUGUCAAUGGGAACUUCUUCUAA